AAAACCCGAGGCGGCUUCCGGGUCUGUCCGGCCUUUGUCUCUCGUGUCCGCACGUGCGUGGCGCGGUCAGUGGCCGCGGCGCUUCUCCUUCGCUCCUGGGGGUCCAGGAGUCUCUGCCGCAGCCUGGGUCCUCUUGUGACCUGCGUGUACUGGGGGAUUCGCAGGGAGGAUGUCGGGACACCCCGGAAGCUGGGAAAUGAACUCAGUUGCCUUUGAGGAUGUGGCUGUGAACUUCACCCAGGAGGAGUGGGCUUUGUUGGAUCCUUCCCAGAAGAACCUCUAUAGAGAUGUGAUGCAGGAAACCUUCAGGAACCUCGCUUCCAUAGGAAACAAAGGGAAAGACCAGAGCAUUGAAGAUCAGUACAAAAAUUCUUCAAGAAAUCUAAGACACGUCAUCUCUCACUCUGGAAACAACCCGUAUGGGUGUGAGGAAUGCAGGAAGAAGCCAUGUACAUGUAAACAAUGUCAGAAAACUUUCCUUUCUGUCACAAGGGUUCAAAGAGACACAGUAAUGCACACUGGAAAUGGACAUUAUAGUUGUACAAUAUGUGAGAAAGUUUUUAAUAUUCCCAGUUCAUUUCAGAUGCAUCAGAGAAAUCACACUGGAGAGAAACCCUAUGAAUGUAUGGAAUGUGGGAAAGCCUUAGGUUUUUCCCGUUCUCUUAAUAGACAUAAAAGGAUUCACACGGGAGAAAAACGCUAUGAAUGUAAGCAGUGUGGGAAAGCCUUCAGUCGUUCCAGUCACCUUCGAGACCAUGAGAGGACUCACACUGGAGAGAAACCCUAUGAAUGUCAGCACUGUGGGAAAGCCUUCCGUUAUUCCAAUUGCCUUCACUACCAUGAGAGAACUCACACUGGAGAGAAGCCUUACGUGUGCCUGGAAUGUGGCAAAGCGUUCAGUUGUCUCAGUUCCUUGCAAGGACAUAUCAAGGCUCAUGCUGGUGAAGAACCCUAUCCGUGUAAGCAAUGUGGGAAAGCCUUCAGAUAUGCCAGUUCCCUUCAGAAACAUGAGAAAACUCAUAUUGCACAGAAACCCUAUGUGUGUCACAGUUGUGGUAAAGGCUUCAGAUGUUCCAGUUCCCUUCGUGACCAUGAAAGGACUCAUACUGGAGAGAAACCCUAUGAAUGUCAGAAAUGUGGUAAAGCCUUUAGUCGUGCUAGUACUCUUUGGAAGCAUAAAAAAACUCAUACUGGAGAAAAGCCCUAUAAAUGUAAAAAAAUAUAAAGGCUUUAAUCACUACAGUUUUU